CCGGGCUGCACGGUUAGGACUUGGAGGGGGCAGGUUUGAUCUCAUGGAGAAGGUAGAGAGAAAGUGACCACGGACAGUCGGAAUUGAAGAGGAGCGGAUUGAGAAAGAGAGGCUAUGGAAAAGCGACCACCUGGUUAUGCAAAACCAUCAGGAAAGGGAAAUGGAGAACGACCAAGACACAAGCCGACGCACGGAUAUAGAAGAGAACCUUACAGAUUGGAAGACAGGCAAACAGUCAAUGAAUAAAUUAGGGUUUCUUGGAAACUAGAUAGAGAGAAACAGGGAAGGAGGGGAUCCUUAUUGACAUUUGGGCAUAGAGCAGGGUUUGAGAGGAGAGAAGGCAUAUCUCUCUCUUUCUCUUUCUCUCUUUUUGCUGUCAUCUUUAACAUUGUUUCAGCACAAUGUAUUCACAAAAGAGGACUGCAGAUAUGGCCACCGACCAUCAGCAAUUUCAGGUGGCCAUGGUGAAAAGGCAGAGAACAGAUGGGGAUCAAGGCAUCGAGGAUGGCAGAGGUCUGCUCUCAUUGAAGGAUAGCAAUAUCCGGCGAACGUCAAGUCUGCAAGCGCCAGUUAUGCUACUCUCAGGCCAUGCUGCAGGAGUAUUCACUAUGAAAUUCAAUCCUGCCGGCACAGUGCUCGCUUCAGGAUCACAAGACAAAGACAUAUUUCUAUGGAACUAUCACGGUGAUUGUGACAACUUCAUGGUAUUGAAGGGCCACAAGAAUGUGGUGCUGGAGUUGCACUGGACCACAGAUGGUCACCACAUAGUAUCAGCAAGUCCUGACAAGACUGUCAGAGUGUGGGAUGCAGAAACCGGUAAACAGGUGAAAAAAAUGGUCGAGCAUUCAUCGUUUGUGAACAGUUGCUGCCCUGCCAGGCGAGGACCGCCUCUAAUCGUCAGUGGGUCUGAUGAUGGAACAGCAAAGCUUUGGGAUAUGCGACAGCGGGGAUGCCUUCAGACGUUCCCGGAUAAGUAUCAGAACACGGCAGUGGCGUUUUCAGAUGCAAGCGAUAAGAUUUACACCGGCGGAAUCGACAAUGACGUGAAGGCUUGGGAUUUGCGCAAAGGAGAAGUGUCGAUGGUGCUUCGGGGUCAUCUAGACACGAUCACUGGAAUGAGACUGAGUCCCGAUGGGUCUUAUCUUCUAACGAAUUCGAUGGACUUAACUCUUCGAAUUUGGGACAUGCGACCUUACGCCCCACAGAAUCGCUGUGUCAAAAUUUUCACCGGCCAUCAGCACGGUUUCGAAAAGAACUUGCUCAAAUGCGAUUGGUCCCCCGAUGGGAGCAAGGUCACCGCAGGUAGCGCUGAUCGCAUGGUUAACAUCUGGGACACGACGACUCGCCGACUGCUCUACAAGCCUCGCAGGGGUGGGGUGGAUAUCACGGCUGGUACGAUUCCACUUUUGAACACCGUGUCCUGGCUGUAGGGGUUAAGAGGCUUGGCUCUUGAGGCCGAGGUCGCCGGUUCGAAUCCGUGCUUGCACAGAGGAGGGUCUUGGGCCCAGAUGUACGGGGAUCAAUAACUACUUGAGAUAUCAUCUUCAAACUGACCAGCCCCGUGUUAAUCCAGUGUUAUGUACUCGUCUGAGUGGAUCGGAAUGCGAACUGAGGUCUGUAUUUUAGCAGUUCAUGUGUGUACCGACUGAGCGAGGCGAGAGAUGGUUAAGUUGGUUAACAGAGCCCUAAAUUUUCAGGGUCUUUCCAGGCUCCUUAUGUAUAACAAAUAUCGCAUGCCUUU